AUGACCAGAAGGCGGGUGCACGUGAAAAGAAAUGACGAUGACAAACUUCGUGCGACUUGUAAAGGGCAAGGCUGUGAGUGGUAUGUGUACUUGAGGAAGCACGAAAUACACAACGGUCAGGAUUACGUGGUGAUGACUAUGCAACGCGAUCACGCGCACACAUGCUCACAGGUGUUGGAUUCGAAGUGGCUGACGGCAAAGUGGCUAGGUGAGCGUUAUAUGGAGAAGAUCAAAGCCAACCCUCACAUUCCACUUGCAGCUAUACGACAGUGUGUCGAUGAAGAUUUUGGCCUGAAGAUAGGUAGGAUGAAGGCAUAUCGGGCCAGAGAACACGCAUUGGACGACAUAUUCGGCUCUGCGGCAACCCAAUACAGAAACUUGUUCUACUACAAAGCCGAAUUGAAGCGGACGCACCCUGAUUCUAGCAUACAUAUACAUUAUGAGAAUACGAGGGAUUCUGGCGCCUGGAAGUGGUUCGUGGAGUACUUGUCUGAUGACCUUAACUUGCAUGCAAAUGGCCCACGAUAUGUGUUUAUGUCUGACCAACAAAAGGGCCUUGCAAAGUUGAUUGUUGAGGAAUUCCCACAGAGCGAGCAUCACUUCUGUGUUCAGCACAUAUACAACAAUUUCAAGAAGAGAUUUGUCAGAGAAAAUUUCAAAGACCAGUUAUGGGAGAUUGCCUCGAGUACCACCCUCAAACAUUAUGUGGACAAGAUAGAUGCUUUGCAGACCGAGUAUCCCCAAACAUCAGUGGCUUUCUCGAGUUGCUCGCAAAGAAAAAUUGCAUUGGCUCGAGAGAAAGCAAUUAUCAACAUGUUGGAGGACAUUCGAACAAGUCAAAUGGAAAGAAUUCAGAUCAGAGGCCAGUGGAUCAAAAGCUAUGAUCACGCAGUCCCUCCUGUUAUCAAGGAGCUUGUUGAUAAGUGGUACGCGCGGGCUUCAUCGUGGAGGGCUACAUGGAACGGACAAUCUUCGUACCAAGUAACUGGGCCGUCUGGCCAAUAUGUUGUCACCAUGCGCGAUUUUAUAUGCUCCUGUAGAUUGUGGCAGCUAACCGGAAUCCCGUGCACUAAUGCUAUCGCAACAAUCAACAUGAAGAGUGACGACGUGACGCGAUUCAUUUCCCGCUAUUAUUUGAAGUCAACAAUGAUCAUGUUGUACGAUAAUGUCCUUUACCCCAUCAAUGGAGUGGACAAUUGGCCCAAGACUACUUCUGAUUGUGCGGUGGAACUGGCACCCCCGAGGUCAAAGCGACAGCGUGGUAGGCCGAAGAAACUGAGACGUGAGGAGCCCCAGAUUCAUCUUCAUGCGGACGGAGGUGAGUCAUUGCAUCUCACCUUCGUGAUGAAAUGUCGUCGGUGCGGUCAAGAAGGUCAUAAUAGGAGGACAUGCAGCAAUGAUCCUCGGACAGAUGCCCGUUCUCAAGUUGGGGAGACUUCGCAGCACAACGGGUCGCGUGAACAUGGUGAGAGUACUUUGCCUGAGUCGUCAAACAAUCGCCGACGCCAAGAGCCUAAUGUUUCGGAUCCGGUAUCAAGGACUCGGACCCGGACUCAGCCUCAGCGAAGCGGCCGCUGCGGUGAUCAAGAUUGA